CGCCUGCACUUUAAAAUGCUCCACCACUCAGGCUGGUUUGCUGUCUAGUGGGUCAAAGAGGAGUGUUUGCAUUCUGGACCAGUUUGCUGGUUUUGAGUUACAUUCAUGGAGACUGUUUAUUUUUGGGUCAACCUCCUUGUUGGACUCUUAUUAUCAGGAUUCUGCGUUAGGUCGUCUUUAGCUUUUCCACCCAAACAUUACACACAGCAUGCUUUACUUCAAAGACCUCAGCUCACCAGGCGCACGGUGCAGGAGGAACAAAAGGCUCCAGCUGAGGGACGAGAGCAGGUGAACACUGUCGGAGUGACUUGCCAUCCAGACUCGUUGGAGAUUGUUAUCAAAGCUGACAUGUUUGGAGUCGGAGCUCCUGUGAAUGCUGAUGAGUUACGCCUUGGAGUGGAGCACAGUGAUUUCUGUAGAGCAACCUCGUCUUUAGGAGAUGAGUACAGGAUCAUUGCUGGGCUACUCGACUGUGGCACCAAACACUGGAUGACCCAAGACUCCCUGGUCUACACAAACCUCCUCAUAUACUCCCCUGUGGCCUCUCCAGAUGGAGUGAUUCGAAUGGAUGAGGCUGUGAUUCCCAUUGAGUGUCAUUAUGAAAGGAAGUACAGUUUGUCCAGUUCUUCCAUUGCACCCACCUGGAUCCCCUUCAUGUCUACCCAAGCUGCAGUGGAAACCUUAGAGUUUGACUUGAGAAUCAUGACCGAUGACUGGCUAUAUGAAAGAAGCUCUAAUGUGUUUUACCUCGGUGAGCCCAUCAGCAUCGAGGCAUCCCUGAGAAUCGGACAUCACAUGGGACUCCGAGUAUUUAUGAACAGCUGUGUGGCCACACUUUACCCAGACACAUACUCUGUCCCCAGAUAUGUCUUCAUUGAAAAUGGCUGCUUGGUUGACUCCCACAUUCCAGGUUCAAGGUCCCAUUUCUUAUCCAGGACCCAGGAUGACAAGCUUCACUUGGUCAUUGAUGCCUUUAGGUUUUAUAAUGAGGACAGGGGACAGCUCUACAUCACAUGUCACCUGAACGCUGUACCAGUAAAUAAUGCAGAGGCACCAAGUAAAGCAUGCACUUUUCUAAAUGGAAGAUGGCGGUCAGCUGAUGGGAAUGACUACUUAUGUGGACAUUGUCAAAGCCAAAAUGAAAUUGACCAAACCCGCAGUAAGCCCAGCAAAACUGACCAGUUCAGUCCUCGAGGGUUUGGGAAGCCGGACAAACCAGAAACCUUCUGGAGGAGCGGACUGGAGACCAAUAAAGUGUGGGAACAGGAGGCGACAGUGGGUCCAAUGGUGGUCUUACCAGCCAUGAAGAAAAGUGGGCCUAUACCUGAUGAAGAGCUUCCUCCAGUUCUCAAAAAAAUCAGCAGACCUCUGUACGGCAGCCAGUGGAGAAGUGGAGUAAAUGAGAAGAGUGUUGAUCUGGAGAAGGGACUGCUUCCUGGUCCAUCUGCACCAGACCAGGUGGAAGUUCAGACUGUUGCUCCUGAAGAGAAUAAAGAUGUUAAAAGUGGGACAGAUCUAACAGACGGAGAUGCAGAAAGUGAAGUUGAGGCACCUCUAGAAGAGUCUGCGGUCACCUUGAAGUCAAAAGAUGUCGCAGUGCUGGACACGAACGGCACAUCAGCACUCAGUGACGUCGGCCCCGCUGCUCAGUUGGAUGUGACAACGCUGUCAAAUGCAAAUGCUACAGACCUUUCACAUACAGAUGACCCAAAGAGAUAAUAAACAAUUAAAACUACA